AUGCUUGAUAAGUGCAUAGAUAUUACUAGAUAUUGCGACUAGAAAAAUGAGAGAUUAGUCGAUUAAUAGCCCUAAAAAAUUGAAGAUUUCAUAUCUAUCUAUGAGAACUUUGACAGACCUUAAAAGAGAUCUAUGAAUAUUUCAGUUUAUAACAAGCAGAUGAGAGAUUUAGAAGAUAUGGUGAACAAUAACCAGAGUAGAGAUGAAAAUUAGACUAAGACUAUAUACAACUCAACUUACGAUUCAAACUCAGACGAGGAAUUAGAACAGAGUGUACAAAAUUCAAAGAAAAGAAAAGAUCCUCUUUAUCAGACUAAUAGGUUUAAGUUUUCAUAGGAUGAAGACCUUGUAUUGAAAUAAACUCUCCUCUCAAAAUUAGGAUAUAAUGCUAAUAAGCUUAAAUGCUUUGACGAGUGGAAAUUUUAUCUAGACAAGUAUUUUCAGCAAAGGCAUCGACUAGAAAUAGUCAGAAGAUGUAUGGAAUUAAUACAAGAAAAGGAGGCUGAAAACCAAAAAUUAUUGAAAUUAAAUAAGAGAUUGAUACCUAAGACAACAACCAUUAUUUAGAAUGAAUUUGAGGAGGAAAAAAAGUUGCUUUAAAAAGAUGAUAAUGAUUCGAAGGAAAUGAGUUUAAGUUUGAGAGAUUAGUAAAAGAAUUUAAAUGAGAAGGUUUGGUUAGCUGAGGAAGAUUAAGUACUGCUCUAGGCUGUGUAUCUGCAUGGAUAAAAUAAGUGGUCAGAAAUUAGAUAUUAUCUAGAAGGCAAGACAUCUCUUGAAUGUAGAUAGAGAUUUGUAAAGAUAAAUCCAAAUGUUAUAAGAACCUGGUGGACAUUUUAAGAAGAUGUGCAUUUAGUAGUAGGAGUCAAAUUCUAUGGAGAUAAGCGAUGGGCAGAUCUUUCAGAGGCUGUCUUUAAGGGUAAAAGAAAUGAUUUGUAGUGCAGAGAAAGGUAUGUAAAUAUUCUUGACCCCAAAAUAGAAGCUAAGCAAUGGACAUAAGAUGAAGAUUAUAGAUUAAUGGAAUUAAUAGGAAUACAUGGAUCAUCAUGGGCUUCAAUAGCUAAAGAGUUUGGCAGUAUUCGAACAGACAGCCAGCUGAAAUGCAGAUGGAGACAUAUUGUAUCCAUGAAUAAAAAUGAAAAGAAAAGGGGAAGAAGAGUGAAGGAUCAAAGCAAAAUAGACAAUUAAAAAGCAAAUAAUAAUAAAGAUGAAAUAAUGAUUCAGUAAACACCCUAGUGCCAAGUAUUCAAAACUUUUACUAUUGAGGAUAAUUAAUCAAUUAAUGUUUCUAUUCCAGAAAGGAAUAUGGAAAUUUAUGAUCUCUAAAAAGAUAAUCCAUAGGUUCAAAAGAGUAAUUAAAUCAAUGCUACUAGAAAAAUUAUAGGCAAUUCAGUAAAAAAUGUAAAAGUAGUGAAAAAUAAAAAUAUAAAACAGGGAAAAGUAAUGGAUUAAGUAGCAUAUAUUGAGGAUUAAAAUAAUAAUAAUCCUGAAAUUUUGCUAAACACUAAUACUAAUAAGUCUAGUGAAUAAAUACUUGAAAAACUUAAAGCAUCAAAAUUGAUAAAAAGGACUCACAAUCAAUCAUCCUAAAUUGUUAAAGAUAAGAAAAUUGAUAAAAAAAGUAAAAAUAUAUCUAAAAAGAAAAGUAUUAACCUUGACAACCAAGAAGGAUAGAAAUCUUAAAAGUAGAAAUUAAAGCAAUGUAAGUAGUAAAAUUAGAAAUAAAAAAAAGCAUAAGAGAUUCUAUACAAAGAUAAAGAAAUGGAAACUAAAUUAAUUAAAUCUUGA